AUGGACUUCAAUAGAAAGAGGAAAUCAAGAAGUAGAAAGGAUGGAUCGAAAAAUAUAGCAGAGGCGCUUGCAACAUGGAAAGAAUACAACAGCAAUCUCAAUUCUGUGAAUGAUGAAGGUAAGGUGGCGUGUAAAGCUCCUGCCAAGGGAUCAAAGAAAGGAUGUAUGAAAGGUAAAGGAGGUCCUGAAAAUGCUCGUUGUAAUUACAGAGGCGUUCGGCAGAGGACAUGGGGUAAGUGGGUUGCUGAAAUUAGAGAGCCUCACAGAGGUAGUAGGCUCUGGUUGGGUACAUUUAACAGUGGGAUUGAAGCUGCUAUGGCUUAUGAUGAGGCUGCAAGAGUAUUGUAUGGCCCUUGUGCUCGGCUUAAUUUCCCCACUUGCCAUAUGCCGAACGAGUUGACGAAGGAGUUUUGUUCAUUGCCAGCUACAUUGACAUCCGAUUCCAUAACUUCUAGUGCGUCUGAUGUUUUUCUGGCAGACCAUAUGGGACCUAAGGCUGAUGUUUCGAACAUGAAAGUCAAAGAUGCUGAAGGUGAAUCACGGACAAACAAAUAUGAGCAUUCGCUGCUGGGUGAGUCCGGUCGUGCAGUGAAGGCAGAAAUAAAGGAGAAACCUGUGAGGGAGGAAAUAAGGGAAGAACCUCCUCGACACUUGGAUAGCAUUGAAAAUAGUAGGUUCAAUACAAAGGAAGACCCUACAUAUUUCAAUGAAAGUUCCGAGGCUGUGCAAAAUCCAUUGGAGGCCUUCUCUUGGGAGGAAAUGUUUGAUGUGGAUGAGUUACUGACCACAUUGGAUUCCACUAGUUACCAUGCUUCAGAGCCCAAGACUGGAUUGACGUCACAUGGUGGUCAAGCAGGGCAAUCCACUUAUGGUGCUAUGCGUGCUCCAAAUCUAUCAAAUGACUUACCGAACUCGGAUGUGAAGAUGCUUGAUAGUUCACCCCACAUGGAGCAGGCACCUUCUGUAUCUGAUCAUGAUUUUGAUUUCCUUAAACCAGGACGACGAGAGGAUUUCGAUAUUACAUUUGAUGAUCUGUUACUUGAUUUACAUUCAGACUGGGCACCAGAAUCUGUUUGGAUCCAUGCUGAUUGA